AUGGCGUCGCCCGGCAGUGAGUCGUCCCGAUCUGACACUACCACCACUCAGCUUUCUACCUUGCGCUCGUCAUCGCGUACUUCUCCAUCUUCAUCUUCAUCUCCGACUGCCACCGUCACCACCGCAACUGCGAGAUCCAUUACUGCCCCACCCCCAUCCGCUUCAACUUCAACAGUCGGCGCCGCCCUGCUCCGCGAUUAUGCCCUCCAUAUAGAACCCUCUCAAACACAUAACGAGAUCCAUUCUCACGAUCCCGUUCAGGAAGAAGCCGUCGGCCGGUCGCUGCCCUCCUCGGCAUUGCGCCGAUUUCGCCAGAACUCCGUGUCUGGACACCGAUCUCAGAAAGCGCUCUCGACCGACUGCAUUCCCAGACAGACCAUCAUGAAGGCUUUGGCAUCACGGCCAGCAUUUUCCAAAAAUAAUCAGAACGCGAGCUUUUCAGGUCCUUUCUCAGGCCCACUCACCAAUAACGGCGAAGCCUCAUCCCCGCCCGACGAUCGAACCAAUUAUGAAAAAGAGAAGGAGAAGGAGAAGGAGAAGGAGAAGGAGAAAGGGCGUGAGCGCAGAUAUAGUGCCUCUUCCCAAAAUUUGACGACUGCGCUGUCUAAUCUCCAACUGAGCGGAUAUCUCGAUCGAUCCCCUGCAACGGCGCGAUUGCUGUUACAGUCACCAUGUUACUUCCACCAAAGAUUCGACGAUGCAGUAAAUAUAAAGAAGGUCUUGGAAGAGAUUGCGGAUGAUGAGUGGCUGUCGCAUUCCAGAUUGGUGCAGACUGCAACGGGUGUUCGGGAGGUGUCGAAGCAAUUGCAAAGGCGGCCGAUCAAACGCGCCGUGCGCAAUGUCAUGAUUGUCACCAAGGCACGAGACAACAGCCUGGUGCAUCUGACUCGGGAGCUGGCUGAAUGGCUUUUGUCAACACCCCGAUAUGGAAGCGACCUGGGUGUCAAUGUUUACGUGGAUGCCAAACUGCGGAACUCCAAGCGGUUCGAUGCCGCCGGCCUGCUUCAGAAGGAACCGCGGUUCGCGCAGAUGCUGCAUUUCUGGACACCCGACCUCUGCUGGACCUCCCCGGAUAAAUUUGAUCUUGUCCUCACCCUUGGUGGAGAUGGAACGGUCCUCUUCACCUCAUGGCUCUUCCAACGCGUAGUGCCACCGGUGUUUUGUUUCUCGCUCGGAAGCCUAGGCUUCCUUACAAACUUUGAUUUCAAGCACUAUAAGUCGCAUCUGAAUGGGGUCAUGGGGGACGUCGGCAUGCGCGUGAACCUGCGGAUGCGGUUCACAUGUACCGUGUACCGGAAAGACCGGAGCAAAGGCGCGGAAGUCGGCGCAGUUGAAGAGGGCGAGCAAUUCGAAGUUCUGAAUGAGCUGGUAAUUGACCGGGGGCCUUCGCCAUAUGUCUCCAAUCUAGAGUUAUAUGCAGAUGAUGAGUUGUUGACCGUUGUCCAAGCGGAUGGCUGCAUUUUCUCUACCCCCACAGGCUCGACAGCCUAUUCCUUAUCCGCUGGCGGCUCACUCAUGCAUCCAUCAAUUCCGGGUAUUCUUCUUACCCCAAUCUGUCCUCACACUCUCUCCUUCCGCCCUAUGGUUCUGUCCGACUCGCAUCUUCUCCGCAUCGCAGUUCCCAAUACGUCCCGAUCCACCGCUUAUUGUUCAUUCGAUGGCAAGGGUCGAGUUGAGCUUCGCCAAGGUGACUAUGUCACUAUCGAAGCCAGCCAGUACCCCUUCCCCACCGUUGUAUCAGACAGCGCCGAGUGGUUCACCAGUGUCCAGCGUGCUCUCCGCUGGAAUACCCGUGGGGCCGUACAAAAAAGCUGGGAUGGUGGUGCCGGGGAUGAUCAAGACGAGGCCGAGGAUGAACAAUGGGAUAUCGACACUGACGCUGGACUCGCGGGUACAGAUAGCGGGAUCGGUCCCAGCGAGGAUGGUGAUUCGUUAUCCCCUAACCCGAUGCGACGACAGAUGAGUCUGCUCAAUAUGUGA